AUGAAAGAAAAUUUAAAUUUAAAUUCGACAGAGAGAGAAGCCAAAUUAUUUAUUUUAAAUGUCUUGUUAAAAGGACUUCAGCUUUCAGAACCUUGUGAUGAAAGUUUUAAUGAACAAGUUUUCAAAAUUCCCGACUUUUUUGAUGAAGCAAAGUUUAAACGUGGUCAAAAGUAUUUUGCUGAAAAUCGUUUCGGAAUUCUCCUAUCAAACUUGUGUGGAUUAUUUUCUUUAAUUUGUGAACCUAAUGGAGCAAAAUUCCUUGACAACACCAAUUAUUCAAGUACAGCUAGUUUAGCUCGUAAACGAUACGUAAGAACAAUUUUGCAUGUACUUUUAUGGUGCACUGAGGAAUUAUCUUAUGAAUCAAGGUCAUGGAAAUCCCUCAAAAAAGUCCGAAAAAUGCAUUUAUCAGCUUCAAAUGCUUCACUUAUUAAGGGUGGAUUGGGAAUUUCACAAAUGUUCAUGUCUUUUACAACUUUUGGAUUUAUGGGAUAUGCGCUGAUAAAACCACAAUUAUUAGGCAUCAAAUAUGAUUCUAAAGAAGACCGUGAAGCAUACGUUCAUAUGUGGGCUGUAAUAACAAGCAUGUUAGGCAUAAAAGAUGAAUACAACAUGUGUUUGCACAAGUUUGUAGUUGUUGAAAUGAUAUGUCACAUCCAAAUCCGAUAUUUCUUCAAUCCUUUACUUCAAAUGGAGACGAAAAUAUUUCAGAAGCUUGGUCAAGCUCUUUGCGAUGGAUUAAAAUAUCACAUUCCAUUUCUAUCGUAUAAAUACUGCCUAUUCUUGACUAGAAGAUUGGCAGGAAUUCCAGGGUAUCAGUUCGAUGUUGAUCUUUCAAAAGAAUUUCUUAUUAGACAAAUUUUCACAAAAUCGGAACUUGAAAUUAUAAAAGCAAAAUAUCAAAACUUCAAGGGUUUUGAAAACUACAAAGGACUGAUUUUCGCCGAGAAAAUGCAUAUCAUUGAUAUCAAACGAAACCCAGAAGUAAUUUUCGAAACUGAUGACCAAAAAAGAAUAAUUAUAAAUCUACUGGAACUAGAAUAUCCUGAUAAAUUAGAAUUAAUUGAAUAUAAUGAUGAAAAUUAUAAAAGUUUCUUAAAUGAUAAAAAAUUUGAUACAUUAAAGAAAUCAGAUAGAUGUUUAGUCAAGCUAAUGAUUCAAUCACUAAAUUCUAGUAAAUAUUUUAUUACAAAAUAUAUUGCUGAAUUAUCAUUGAGUGCUUUCUUAAAAGUUAUGAAAACUUGCGAGUCGAAUUAUACAAAUUUUAAUUAA